AUCCCAUAUUCUAAGAAAAACAAAACCCUAGUUUUCUUGUUCUCUUGCUCCGCCGUGGUUAUCUUUCUCAGACGUUCUCAUCGCUCAUACUGAUACCAUGGCCGCCGUAGAAGGACCAAUCUUGGCUCUCAUCAGCAAACGUCUCCGUACUCUCCGCAAGAAAUACAACCGUAUUACUGACAUGGAAGAGUCGAUUUCUCAGGGAAAAACACUAAACAAGGAACAAGAAGAAACCCUCCGUUCAAAGCCAAUCGUCACCGCCCUUAUCGAUGAGCUCAUAAAUCUCCGCAUCCCUCCUCCUUCCGUGGCAGAAGAGAUCAAUCUCCCUGCUAAGGACAAGAAAAAGCAAAAGGCACGUAAGGAGGUGGCUGAGGAGGAAAACGUAACGGCCAAGACAGAUAUCGAGGAUUGCAAGAUCUCUGAUGGUCUCAAUUCUGAUGAGGUUUCCAAGGACGACACUUCUCCUAGUAGCGAAAGCUCAGAAGGUGUUACGCCAUCGCCCCUUAGCAGAAAGGCACGACGUAAACGGAACGCGAAGAAACGUCAGACUCAGCAGCGAUUGUGUCUCCAAACUUCUGUGUGUAGCGGAAGUUUUGGCAAAGAAAAAGUAAAGGGAAUUGCUUUUGACACAAGGAGCUAGGGCUUUUGCGUUUGAGUUUUUCCUACUAUCUUUGAUUCAUUUAGAUAGACCAUGUGGAAUUUAUUUCUAUAAACUUUUUUUAUUAAUUAACAAAAACAAAACCAAUGCAAUUUAUAUUAUUCUAUAUUAUUUAUGCUU